ACAUACCUGUGGGACAAGAAAAGGUGGCAAGAAAAGUAGAGCAGCAACAACAACAUCAACAACUUGAGUUGAAAGAGAAAAAAUAUAUAAAAUAAGAAAACCCACUUGUACCAAUUUAAUUUGAAAAAUAAACAAGAAAUGUUUGAUACGCUUUCUCUACUUGGCCUAUAUUCCUUUUCCAUUAUCAACCUCACAACUCAUCACAAACAGAAUACACCUCAAUUCUUCUCUCUCAUAACAAUCUCUCGUCUUCUCAUAAAUUAAAAACCCUUAAUUAUUAUUUUUUGUUAGAAAAAUACUUAUUAUUAUUAUUAUCAUCAUGGCUCAAAGAACAGAAAAUGAAGAAACUGAAUUCAAAGUACCUGAAACGAUAUCGCUUUGCAUCAACAACUGUGGCGUAAUCGGUAAUCCUUCAACGAACAAUAUGUGUCAAAAUUGCUUCACCGCUUCAACCGUAACCACUUCUUCCACCGUCGGGAUCGGAAUAACCGGAACCGGAAUCGCACCUCAAUCUUCCAGAUCUGUUCGAUCUCCGAAGAGAUCUCUACCGGAGGAAUCGUCUUCGGUUGUUACAGAUCGGACUUCGUCGGAUCAACCGAUGGUUUCCGAGGCCAAGCGUGUUGUUAGCCGAUGCUCCGGUUGCCGGAGGAAGGUAGGGUUGACCGGAUUCCGAUGUAGAUGCGGUGAUCUUUUCUGCUCCGAACAUCGUUACUCCGAUCGUCAUGAUUGUAGCUAUGAUUAUAAAGGUGCUGGAAGAGAAGCUAUUGCGAGGGAGAAUCCGGUUAUCAGAGCAGCGAAAAUCGUUAAGGUUUGAAAAUCUGAAAAUCUGAAUCCGAAGAAGAAGAUGAAGAUGAAGAAAUGAUUCAAAACGUUAAAUUCUGGAAAUGAAUCUAUUUGACCCGGUUCUUAUCGACCGGGUUCGGGUCACACGUGUUUAUUUUAUUUAAAUUUAUUUACUUUUCCAGAUUUUAUUUUUAUAAAUAGGAAAAAAAAUCGUUAACUUAAGAUAGUUAUUAAGAGAGGUUGUGUGUAACGUUACUAAAAAAUGAAGAAUCUGAAUUUCUAUGUGUUUGAUCA